AUGCUGUUUAUAUUGUUUUUAAUAAUCGUAUUAAUUUAUUGGAAAUUAAAAAAGCAUUAUGAUUAUUGGAACAACCGUGGUGUGGUCACUGACAAGCCGAUUUUAUUCCUUGGAAACCUGACAUUCUUUUUGAGGAAGGCCAGCUGGGACUAUUUUUAUGGAUUAAAGCGGUAUCAGACUGUUUGCGUGGGCAUUUUUUUGGGUUGGCAACCAGCGAUCGUGGUGCAGUCGCCGGAGCUUGCUCGAAAGGUAUUGGUUGAAGACGCAGACUGCUUCCAACAUAGAUCUGCUCAUACAGGAAGCCACCAGGAUCCGAUUGGCGCGAACGGUGUUAUGUUGGCCAGGGGCCCACUAAAAAAGGAUUUGCAGAAGAUUAUUAGCCCUUUGCUAACAACCGCCCGUUUGAAGGGGUUCUGUGACGUGAUAAAUGAAAAUGCAAUAGAACUUAAUAAGAGAAUACAUCGCGAGUGCGUAGAUCAAAAGAAGAGAUUUCUUUUAAAGGAAAUGUUCGUCUUGUUCGCAUCUGAUACGAUUGUAAACACCUUUCUUGGUUUAAAAGUAAGUGCAUUACGGGGUGAAAGAACUCCCUUGCAGUUUGUCAUAGACGAAAUGACGUAUUGGAGCGGCCCACGCGCACUUGAACUGUUGACAAUACAGUUUCUACCUGCAUUAGCUGAUUUCUUAAGGCUUAAGUUCUUUUCUGCAUAUGGGACGAGUUACCUGAAGAAUCUUUAUAAAAAAUUGGUUCAUAACCGUAAAGAGAGAGAAAUGAUAGAUACAGACAUUAUAAGCCAUUUCAUAAAGUUACAAGAGAAUGAGAAGUCAACCAAAGACCCUGUACGUUUUGAGGAGCUAAUGACAUCUCAACUGGGUACCCUCAUUCAAGCAGCCAUGUUGAAUGGACCAGUAACACUUUGUCAUUGCUUACACGAGUUGGCUUAUCAUACGGAAGUGCAGGAUCGACUCCGUAAGGAAGUAAAACAAGGCUUUCGAGAAAAUGAUAUUCUAGACUAUGACAGCAUUAAUGAUAUGAAGCUUCUCAACGCAAUUUUAACUGAAACCUUGCGGAAAUAUCCGACUGUAUCCUUUCUAGACAGGAUAACUACAAGAAAGUAUACACUGAAGGAAAACCUUAGUCUAGAUGAAGGUACGCCUGUCUUUGUCAAUCUCCCUGCACUUCAUCAUGAUGAGACGCUGUUCCCUGAACCCAUGAAGUGGUGUCCGGAUAGAUUUCUGGGCGUCAAUACAUUUGACAACCGCGACUAUUCUUAUUUACCGUUCGGAGCUGGACCUCGGUCAUGUAUGGGAAAACGCUUCGGCAUGCUGCAGAUGAAGAUCGCGUUGGCUCAUGUCAUUCAGAAAUACAGACUUGAGCCAGAUGUGCCCUACAUACAAGAAUCAGACCCGUACAGCAUAGUGUUGGCCCCCAAAAGUGGCGGAAGUGUUAAAUUCAUACCACUGUAA